AUGCGGGUGCAGCUGCUGGGCGGCACGGCGUGGGAGUACUUCCAGGUGACGGUGCAGCUGCGGGGCGGCGCGGAGAACACGGCCCCCUCCCUGGGCUUCACAGCGCUGCUGGUGGCCGAGGUGGAUCAGUUCGUUCUCACCGCCCUCACCCCCGACAUGCUGGCGGCCGAGGACCUGGAGAGCCCCUGGACCUGCUGCUCUUCAGCCUCACCGCACCCUGGCCCAGCCCCGGCGGGCGGGAAGAUGGACAGAUAUCCCUUCUUCGUGUUUGUGUUGUGUGGGGUAUUUUUGCCAAGAAUCCUUUGUUUUCCACAUGAAAACUCUACAAUAGAUUGUGAUACUAUGCUACCGCACCAUGGAGGUGAACCACAAAAAUCCACUCCACCAUAUGUUAUUGCUGUAUCUUUUGAUAAAUAUGAUCCAGGAAACGAAAUCCAAGUGACUCUAGAGGGAACUGCAGAGCGUGGUUUUCAAGGAUUUCAUCUACAGGCUCGAGAACUUGAAGGAGAUACCCCUGUUGGUUCCUUUAAAAUUACAGAUCCGAGCACGCAAGCCCUUGCAUGUCAUAAUGUUUCGAAUUCAGCAGUAAGCCACACAAAUUCAGAGGUGAAGCACAAAGUUACAACAACUUGGAUUGCACCUUCGGACACCAAGAGUAUUCAAUUUAGAGCAACAUUUGUUCAAGAUUCAAAGAACUUCUGGGUUGGAGUUCUCAGCAAAACUGUCACUCCUAGACCUUCUCAGUCAGCCAAUGUCACAGAAAGAAGGAAUAAUAAGAAGGCUUCACGGAUUGUGAUUGAGAUGGAAUGUACCAAGAAAGGAGGAACUUACUCAAGUAGCGGUGGAUGUAUUCAGGGUGGAUCCUCUGGUUCCUCUCAGACCAGCUAUUCUAUUGGUCAGGUUGGAGUCAUUCCUCCAGGAAGCAGCCAGGGUGGAUGUGUCCCAGGCACUGAUGGCAUAUACAGCAAAUAUGGCUGUAAAGAUACUGCUGUCUCAAUUAACACCGGCAUGUCCUAUGGCCAGUCUGUCUCCUCAGGCAGUGGUGUUAAAAAGCCAGUGUCCUAUCCCGACAGCAACCCCUACCCACCUGUGCGUGAAACUUUCCCAUCGUUUAAUCCCAACAUGUUUCUAAGUGAACUGAAUGCUUAUUCAGCUCCAGUGGAUUAG